UUGCUUUUUAAAGAUUUUGUUUUUCGAAGUUAUUCCCCUGUCAAUAGUACAAGAUUAUUGAAGAGCAUGAAAAGAUUCGUAAUUAUCAUUACUGGAACGAAUGUGCUGGGAUGAAACUAUACAUUGUGGAAUUAGCUAUAUAACAAUAUUUAUAUCGUGGAAUUGGAUAAACUGAAUUUUACAGAAGAUUUGAAUUUGGAAUUUAUAUGUGAAACUGCUGACCAAAAUGGCAUCACGACAUACAUCUUUCCAAAAAGAUUCUUCACAAUGCAGUAUAACAUCUGCAGAUGCAGGAUCUUCAGUUGCUAUACCACUCGGGUUUGAAUUAGGCACCCCGUCUCCGACACCUGGUCAACCUGGAAGACUGACAAGGCUGGUAAAUGCUAUCCGAGUACAUACAAGAGUUAACUACUGGUUAGGUGUGAAGUCAGGAAAAGUUGGAGACGUAGCACAAGAUUCAUUCAUUGAACGUCUUAACGGACCCACAGUAGCAAACAAAGCUCCCGCCGAAAAUAAUGCCCCAGCUCCUUCUUCAGAAAAAUCACCAGAGAAAAAAGAAGACAAGAACUCAAAACCUAAAAAACCCGAAAAGAAGCCUUGGAUAAUCGAUCCAUCAGAGAGUUUUUAUUUCGGGUGGUUAUGUGUCAUUUCAACUGCAGUUAUGUACAACCUAUGUUUCGCUAUCGCGAGAUCGUGUUUCACGGAUCUACAGACUGCAUUCAUUCCUAUGUGGUUUACAUUAGACUAUAUGUGCGAUAUCAUUUAUAUUUUUGACACCGUUGUCAGAAUGAAAACAGGUUUCUUAGAGCAAGGAUUGCUAGUGGAAGAUACGAAGCAGUUGCGACAGCAUUAUAGACAGAGCGCUCAAUUUAAAUUUGAUUUGGUUUCUUUGCUUCCUACGGAUAUAAUUUACCUUUUCGCCGGUUUAAAUGCUGCAUUUUGCAGAUUAAAUCGAGUAUUGCGAAUAUCCCGGGUGUUCGAAUGCUUCGAUCGAGCAGAGACAAGGACUUCAUGUCCAAAUCUUUUCAGAAUUUCAAUUCUCGUUUUAUAUAUUGUUGUUAUUAUUCAUUGGAAUGCAUGCAUUUACUAUGCGAUUUCAAACGCUAUCGGGUUUGGCACUGAUCGAUGGGUGUAUCCUGACAUAACUGAAUAUCCAUUUAAUACUUUGUCUCGAAAAUACAUCUACUGCAUGUACUGGUCAACACUUACUUUGACAACCAUUGGUGAAACUCCGAUGCCAGAUAGAGAUAUCGAAUAUUUGUUCCAGAUUUUUGAUUUUUUGAUCGGGGUGCUGAUUUUUGCUACAAUUGUUGGUAACGUCGGCUCUAUGAUCAGUAACAUGAAUGCUGCUAAAACAGAAUUUCAAAGUAGGAUGGACGCUGUAAAACAAUACAUGCAGUUUCGAGAAGUAAGCAAUACAUUGCAAAAGCGAGUAAUCAAAUGGUUUGAUUAUUUAUGGACGAAUAAAAAAUCUACUGACGAACGACAUAUUCUAUCAACGUUACCGGAUAAACUUCGAGCAGAAAUCGCCAUCAACGUCCAUCUGGACACACUGAAAAGAGUGGCACUUUUUAGGGAUUGUGAACCAGGAUUACUUGUCGAACUUGUACUGCGACUGAGUCCUCAAGUCUUUAGUCCCGGCGAUUAUAUUUGUAGGAAAGGGGACGUUGGCAAAGAAAUGUACAUCGUAAAAGAAGGUAAAUUAGCUGUUGUAGCCGACGACGGCGUAACACAAUUCUGCGUCUUAGGCGAUGGAGCAUAUUUUGGGGAAAUCAGUAUUUUGAAUAUUUCCGGAAACAAAACGGGCAACAGAAGAACCGCUAACGUGAGAAGUAUUGGGUAUUCUGAUUUAUUUUGCUUAUCGAAAGACGAUUUAUUACAAGUAUUGGAUGAUUAUCCUGACGCUAAGAAUGUAUUGGAAGAGAAGGGACGACAAAUGUUAAUGAAGGAUGGCUUGGUUGAUAAACCGAAUGACGAGGAUGAAGAAGGAUUAAGCAAAGCAGACAUGAUGUCGAAGUGUAAUAAAUUGGAAAAAUCAAUCACAAAAUUACAAACACAAUUCUCACGACUGAUGGCUGAACACAUCUCCUCACAAACAAAUUUAAAAUUGAGAAUUCAUAGUUUGGAAACAAAAGUGAAGGAAACAAGUUCAGAAGAAAUAGAACUGGAACAUAAUACCUCCCAGAAAAAAGUAAAAUUCCAGAAAAACUCGUAGUAAAUGGAUGAAGCUAUUUAGUGACAAAUCCAACCAUAUUUGACAUGAUUUUCCGUUGGUUGUCGUAGUAUGCAACAACAAUAAACAAAGGUUAUUUGUGAAAUUCCAUUUCAAACGAAAAAAUUUAGAAUGGUUCGGACUGGGGAGUACCAGAGAGACUGUAUAUCAUUUUAGCGGUGAAAUUAAUGAAGCUGUAUACUGUGCACUCUAUAUGGGAGAAUUAUUCAAAUUGACAAUUGAAUAUAUUUAGUUAGUGUGGUUUUCAAUAAAAUGUCGGUUUUUUUUACGCUAAACGCUAACCCGUUCAGCUUCAUCGAAAUUCUGCGCUUCAGAAUGGAAGAUGAUUGAAUUUUUAUGUGAUGUUAAUAUUUCUUAUUCAUUUUUGUAAUGCCGUUUACGUUUCUUUGCUAUACUAUGUAGUAAUUGUGUUUUAUUACCAAAUAUCAAUUAAUAAAAUAUAUAUAUAUAU